UUGGCAUUAACAUCCUCAAGAUGGCUGUUGUGAAAAAUUCAGUUGCUUUGAUCAAUCUUCUGUUGGAAAAGAACAUCGCUGUGUGGAGAGCUGGAUCAUUUCUUGUUGAGGGAAGACAUAUAAGUCUUCUUGAAUUGAGUAUUCAGCUUGGUCAUGAUGAAAUUACAACUAUCCUCAAAAGGUCCAUAAAUCAUUGUGAGAAGAUUCAGAUGUUGAAAGAAAUGAAUUGCAACCAGUUAAAAGAGACAGAAACACCGAUGCAGGCUUUUGUCGCAAAGAAUCGAUUCAAAAUUGGUGCUGGUGGUUUUUCUUGUGUCUUUGUUGGUCUCAUGAAGGAUGGAAGUGAAGUUGCUGUUAAGAGAAUUUUGGUACAAAGUGAGGAUGAAACAGUUGAAAACGAAAAGGAAAUCAUGAGUCUCAUUGAAACAAACUCUCCAUUUAUAGUUAAAUAUCGACAUUUUCACCGUGACGAUACCUUCUUGUAUCUUAUUGUUGAUCUUUGCGAAGAAACCUUGAGGGAACUUGUUCAUGCAUGCAGUAUUCGACAUCUAAAAGAGCAAGGUCCACGAAUGAUUAGGGAAAUUCUAUCAGGUCUAGAAUUUCUUCAUGGCAAAGGAAUAUUGCACAGAGAUCUAAAACCAUCAAACGUUCUGGUUGAUAUCGAAGGUUGCAUGAAAUUGGCAGAUUUUGGAAUAAGUCGCGUUGUUAAUGAAGAUGAAACGACAGUUGAAACAGUUGCAAAAGGUACUCGUGGAUGGAUGCCACCGGAAGUAAUUGAAGCAAUAGUUAAAAAAGAAAAAAGUCGUUUUAAAAGGAAAUCAGAUGUCCAGGUCGCGGGUAUGAUUGCUUUCUUCAUCUUAACUAAAGGUGAACACCCUUUUGGAUCUGAAUUAGACCGAAUGAAAAAUAUUUUGGAGAAUAAUCCUGUCAAUUUGGAGAAACUUGGUGAUCGCCCAGCUCGUAGGUUUGUGUCGUGGUUGAUUAAUCACAAGAUUGAUGAUAGACCUUACGCUCACGAAACACUGAGAGAUAUCUUUUUUGCAACUCCGCAAGGAACAUAGCGAGCAAUUAGACAACAGCCUCGACGUUUGUUUGAAAUGACGAAUCCUUCCCAUUGGGCAUUGCAUAUUUUUUACACUUGAAAUAUCCUUGUUAUAAAGUGCUUAACACAACGUGUUGUUUGUUUAGGUAGAAUAUAAACAUUACUACAGUCCUCAAUAUAUUGUACACUUUUUCAAAAAAAUUAUUCAUAACUGAGGGGCUGUGCACAUGAGCCAGGUUAUAGAGAUGAAUUUAAAAAAGGUGUUUGGAUUAUCGAGAACUAGCCAUUUCCAGCUGAUCUGAGAUCAUGACGUCAUAAAGCGUCUCGACAAAACUGAGUUAUCAUACGCCUGGUGUUAUUUGUCCCUAUUCUAUUAACUAAUAGUAUAA